AUGGAGAAAGAACGGAAGAGCAAGGGCAGCCAACCAAGGCUCAAACAUACACAGAUCACAUUUGUGAAGGAAGGUGCAACAUCAACACCAAGCUCAGAAAACUUCCGGAACCCUCAUUCAGGCAGGAGACUGGAAGAUGACUGCAGACCUGGAUCAGAGACUAACUUUUCCGGACAUUGUACCAACCAACCUCAGAACGGAUAUGGUUCUUUUGUCACCAUCGACAAAGAAGAUAAUUGUUAUAGAGCCAAUAGUACCAUGGGAGGAAAGGUACAGCGAAGCCCACGAAAGGAUGAAAGCGAAGUACGAAGCAUUGCUGGUGGAGUACAGGGAGCGAGGUUAGCAGACGUGAAGCUACCCAGUGGAGUUUUCCAAACGGGAAGUGGACAAAAGAAGAACAGGGACUUUAACAAGAACACGGAACAUUUCGUAAAGUUCGUUGUUGAUAGGAAAUAUGAAAACAGAGAAAAACGUGUGAAGAGACAAGUACUCAAGGAAUGCCCACAAAGGCGUCUUCGUGACAUGGAAAAUAACUCGUGUCCGCCGGAAACAUCUCGCCAACUUGUGAAAUACGAAUGUUGUAUUCACUGUCUAGACUCGGAAACAGGAGGCGGCUGCGAACCGUACGACUGUACAGCGAUCCACGCCUGCUCUUCUGUACAGGAGCCACUUCUGGAUGUAAACAAAGACGACUCGUUGUUCAAUGGACUUACAAAAGUUAACUAUCUCAACUUAACUUACAAAAACAUUACCGUUCUCCCCGACAACGUGUUCUACGGGCUGUCUGAUCUGGCCUCAUGCUCUCUAUCCUUGAACCGGAUACGUGUUCUCCCCCACAACGUCUUCAGUGGACUGUCCAAACUGACUUACCUUGAUCUAUCAGGCAAUAUCAUACAAGAUUUACCCCACAACGUCUUCAGUGGGCUGUCUAAACUGUCUUACCUUGAUUUAUCAUUCAAUACCAUACACAAUUUACCCCACAACGUCUUCAGUGGACUGUCUAAUCUUGCUUACCUUGAUUUAUCAUUCAAUACCAUACAAGAUUUACCCCACAACGUAUUCCAUGGGCUGUCUAAUCUGACUUACCUGAAUCUGUCCAACAACAACAUAGGAGAUUUUCCCCACGACAUUUUCAAUGGACUAUAUGAUCUUACUCAUCUCAUCCUAGGAGACAAUGAGAUCGCGGUUCUCCCGUUCGAUAUUUUCAAUGAUUUAUCAAACAAUGCAUUGACACAAUUACCACGGUUACCAAGCAAUCUAUCUUAUCUAAAUAUUGUGGGUAACAAUUUAAGAGUGACGGAACAUAUGUUUGAAGGUUUAGACAAUUUAGAUAAAUUAUUUACUGAUGUUCCAUUCAUGUGUUGUGUUAAGCCACCGUCAGUUGAAGAUAAUAACUGUAGAGAGACAAAAAAUCCAUUAUGGAUGUGCAUUUGGGAUCCUGAUCUAUGUAAAUCUGAAGGUGAUGCCAUAUCCUCCUGUUUUGCUUUGAUUGGUUCGACGGUACUGAGAGUUUGCCUUUGGUUAAUUGGGAUAUUUGCUUUAAUUGGAAACCUUAUAGUCAUAAGUUACAGGCUGUUCCUUGACAGAGAAAAUAUUACAAAGAGCUAUUCAAUUUUCACACUGAAUUUGGCUAUUUCUGAUUUAUUAAUGGGUAUCUACCUGCUCAUAAUAGCUGUUGUCGAUGUGUAUUACAACAACAUUUACGCUUGGAAUGACUAUGAUUGGAGAAACAGUAUGUUAUGUACUAUGGCGGGUGUCUUGUCUAAUGUAUCCAGCGAGAUGUCGACGUUUCUCGUGUUACUGGUGACGAUAGAUAGACUUAUUGUUAUAAUAAGCCCUCUUUCUCGUCUCACCCGAUGGAGUAUUUCAUGGAAAUUGACUUUACUUGUCUCGGUGUCGUUGUGGAUUGUUUCUAUCACAAUUGCAGUCAUCCCUAUUGUUGCUAUGCAGUCAUACUUCAAAGGUGAAUUCUACUCCCAGUCAGGUGUGUGUCUUGCCCUACCACUUACAGGAGACGAACGGCCGGGGACUGACUAUUCUUUCGCAGUGUUUGUUUGCCUCAACAGCAUCAUUUUUGCCGUAAUAUUCAUAGGUCAGAUUUGUAUUUGUAAAAGUUUGAGGAGAAGUGGUCGCUGUAUUACCUCCUCACAGAGUCGCCAACGGGAGAGGACUGUGGCAACGACCCUGUUCUUUGUGGUGAUGACCGAUUUUUGCUGCUGGUUCCCUAUUGGUGUCAUGGGAGUGGUAUCACGAUAUGGAGUUAAAAUCCCAGACUCGGUGUAUGCCUGGGUGAUGGUGUUCGUACUGCCAAUCAAUGCAGCUAUCAACCCUUUUCUGUACACUGCUUCAGCUAUUUGGAGGAAGAGAAAACAGAAUGAACCAACGCCGGUGACGUCAUAGAAACGGCUUCGGGUCCUGUUUACCGAUGGCGCCAAUACAUCAAAGCAACAGCAGUGGCCAGACAAUGUCCAACAGUGAAUCACCCGCAAACACAGUGAAUAAUUUGGAAAUGCGAAUCCGCCUUUAAUUGCUGUUCACGUACCGAAUUUAUAACAAAAAAUCAGGCUGUAACGCAAAAUUGAUUACCCCUCAAUACUUAUCUCUACUUCAUUAAUUGAUAUGGUCACAGGAAAUUUCAGUCAUAUAUCAAUUUAAUAUAUGAUCAAAUAUUUGCCUCGUGAACUUGACCUCAUACCAAUCACUUCCCGUUUUGAUCCCACUCAACUUUGCUUCAUUUAAUUCUUUGUACUGUAAAAGUGAUAUCUACGGCCAAAUGAAAACAUAUGUAUGCCUAUAUUGAGAAUGGUAUGCAAAGUAUUUAUAGCAAGUAUAUGAUAGUCAUAAUAAGCUGACGUAUAGCAUAUCUACACAGGUAACGAAAUACAGAUAUACCUACAAUAUGUUUUGCUUGUGAGAUUUAUAUUUUAAAGUUCAAGAAAUAGUCAUAACUGUUGGAUAUAUCGCUAUACGGAAAAGAGGCAUCUGUAAUUGAAAUAGAUAAAUGUAAAGAUCAUCGACAGCCUAUAUACUGCUGGCCACAAAAAUGUAUAAAAUGUCAAUAAAACAAAUCAUAAAACAUCCGAAAAGGUACGUACCAGAUACAGAGAAGGAAAACAGUAACAUUUAUAACAUAAAUAUUUACGAAAUUUAAGUAAAAAUAUUAAAUAGCAAUCCUGAAAUCCAAGAAUGCUCCCCUGUGGUCAUUUUGUUUUUCAAAACAAGGUACCAUGUAUGGGCACAAUCUGAGAGUAACCUCUCCGGUAUUUAGAACCUCCC